UGCACCCUGGACAGAGCUGGGACACAUGACUAAUACUGAAUUGCGUCUUGCAGAUAUUUUUUAAAACACACAUUUGUAGCCUUUUUCAGCCUCACAAAAUUCAAGAGAAACAGACCCAAAGGAUUUCUCCUUGUUGAAAAAUGGAUACCUGGAAAAUCCAGCUUGUUCUUGUGGCUUUCUGUGCUUUGGUGCGAACCUAUCAGGGACUGUCAGGUAGUGAAGAAGAGGAGAGACGGUUAUCCAAAGACUGGCAGAUUGAGUUAAUGGAGACUGGCCUGACCAACCCGGUGGACAGUCUGAUUAAAAGAUCUAAAGCCCUUCGCUUCUAUGGACUUAUGGGGAAACGAUCAGGUACAAAGAAACCCUUUCAAGUACAUAGACGAAAUAAAGGAGAGAUGUUAGUGGGUCUAAUGGAAAGAAGCAUCUCCAGUGGUGAAUCUUUAACCAGAACAAUUCCGUCUGCAACAACCACUGCAGCCCAUCGUUCAGAGAAACCACACAAGCAAGGUAUGAUUGUAUCAGUAUAAAAAACCUGAGGUUGUUUUAUUUCUAUGUGCAUUCUUACAGUGGUGUUGUGUUCAUUUUUUUUAAAUAUUCUCAACUAAAAAUAUCUGAGUUUUUUCCCGUUAUUUGGCAGGUUCCCCAGAGAAAUGGAUCCAAAUCUUCUACUGAUGGAGAGAAACAAAAAUACACAUCAUUAUGAUCUAUACAAUUUUACACCAACCAAA